AUGGGUAGGAAAAGACUUCCUCAAAAGAAAAAGCCUGUUGCAAAGCCACAGGAAAUGAUCGUAGAUGAAUCAAAACUAAAUUGGAAACCUGUAGAAGUUCCAGAUACUCUGGAUGAUUUUGGUGGGUUUUAUGGCUUAGAAGAAAUCGAUGGUGUGGAUGUCAAAAUAGUCAACGGUAAAGUAAAUUUUGUCGCUAGAAAUGAUUCAAAAGUGGUCAAAAAUAACUCUAAAGAAAAAACUGAGACUAAAAAGGUACCAGAUGAUACUCAAUCUGUAUCAAGUCCUGUUUUAAGUUCAGAUUCAGAAUCCGAGCUCCUGGAAUUCAAGAACUUGGAUGACUUUGAAGAAGGAGAGUUGAGUGCAGCUUCGUACUCCUCCUCUGACGAAGAUGAACAAAAUGAAGAAAAGGAUGCUAAUUCAAAUGAUGACAACAAGGACGAGGAUGAGGAUAAGAAGGACGUGGAUGAAAAGGAUGAGGAUGAAGAUGAGGAUGAAGAUGUCUUGAAGGAAAAUGUCUUCAACCAAAACAUUAAUAUUGAUGAUAUUUCUCCUGUCAACCUACCAGAAUGGACAAAGCUUGCUCCUCUAUCAAUGACGACUUUACAGAGUUUACAGAAGUUAAAUUUCCUCAGACCAACAGAAAUUCAAAAAAAAUCUAUUCCGGUCAUUUUGAAAGGCAAAGAUGUCAUGGGUAAAGCCUCUACAGGUUCAGGUAAGACAUUGGCCUAUGGUAUUCCAAUUGUAGAGCAACUGGUUACUAAUUUUUCUCAGAAAAACAAAAAACCUAUAUCGUUAAUCUUCACACCAACAAGAGAACUAGCGCAUCAAGUGACUGACCACUUGAAGAAAAUUUCUGAACCGGUCCUAGAAAAAUCCCAAUACUCUAUAUUAUCUUUAACUGGUGGUCUUUCUAUUCAAAAGCAACAGCGUCUACUAAAGUACGACAAUAGUGGUCAAAUUGUUAUUGCAACGCCAGGUAGAUUUUUAGAACUGUUGGAAAAAGACGCCGACUUAAUUAAAAGAUUCUCCCAAAUUGACACAUUAAUUCUUGAUGAAGCUGAUAGGUUGUUACAAGACGGUCAUUUUGACGAAUUCGAAAAAAUUAUUAAAUAUUUAUCAGUGGAAAGGAAGAAAAGCAAAAUAAAAAAUUCUGAAAAUGAUAACGUGUUUUGGCAAACUUUAAUUUUUUCUGCAACUUUCUCCAUCGAUCUGUUCGAUAAACUAUCUUCGUCUCAUAAGGCUAGGGACCAGAAAUUCAAAAACAAUGAAGAUGAAUUGAAUGCCGUAAUAAACCAUUUGAUGAACAAAGUUCAAUUCAACUCAAAACCAGUGAUAAUAGACGCAAAUCCAGAGUCGAAGGUUAGCUCACAAAUCAAAGAAUCUCUGAUUGAAUGCCCUCCGCUAGAGCGUGACUUGUAUUGUUAUUACUUUUUAACAAUGUUUCCAGGUACAACCUUAAUCUUUUGUAAUGCUAUUGAUUCUGUGAAGAAACUGACCGUAUACUUAAACAAUUUAAGGAUUCCAGCUUUCCAAAUUCACUCUUCGAUGACUCAAAAGAAUCGUUUGAAAAACUUAGAAAGGUUUAAACUACAGAGUGCUAAACAAAAGACAAUAAAUCAUUCAAAUCCUGAUUCUGUUCAACUCUCCACAGUGUUGAUUGCAAGUGAUGUUGCUGCAAGAGGUCUGGACAUUCCUGGUGUCCAGCACGUUAUCCAUUACCAUUUACCAAGAUCUACCGAUAUUUAUAUUCAUAGAUCGGGCAGAACUGCAAGAGCGGGCUCUGAGGGUGUUUCUAUAAUGAUUUGUUCACCACAAGAAUCCAUGGGCCCGUUAAGAAAACUUAGAAAGACACUGGCUGCAAAAAACGGCGUUUCAGCAGAUUUUAAUACUAAGCCAACGAGUAGAAAGGCUAUCAAAUGGCAGAAUACUGUGCCCUUGUUACCAAUCGAAACUGAUAUUGUUUCCCAAUUAAGAGAAAGAAGUAGAUUAUCUGGUGAAUUGGCUGAUCAUGAAAUAGCGUCAAACUCCUUGAGAAAAGAUGACAAUUGGUUGAAGAAAGCGGCCGAUGAGUUAGGUAUUGAUGUCGAUUCUGAUGAUGAUGACAUAUCAAAAAGUAAUACAGACUCUUUCUUAUUAAAGAAUAAAAAUAGGAAAAUACAAAAGACUAUAAAUAAGGAUAAAGUGAGAGCAAUGAAAGCUGAAUUAAACGACAUACUAUCAGAGCCUAUACGUAAAGAUAGGAGACAAAAAUAUUUAACAGGUGGGUUAGUAAAUCUGGCUGAUAAUCUGGUCAAAAAGAGAGGUCAUAAUACUAUCAUUGGCCAUGAAAGGAUGGAUGCUUUAGAAACAUUAAAAAAAAAGAAAAAGGGAAAUAAUUAA